UUGGUUUUCAAUACUCAUACCCUGAUAAUGACACUGAUCACAAAAUACCUGAUAUUAGUUUGCAUCAGUGUAUAGCUGCAAAUGGCCAAUCCUCGUCCAGGUAUCGCUGUAUUCUUUUACGUCAUCCAACAUGCCCAACAGGGAAGUCGGGAAAAAAAGUCAUGAUCGAAAUCAAAUGCUGGUGCAUACUACAAGUUCAGAAACUCUGGGAAUCAAAUAGAGGGUGAAUACGUCGUCCGUUUUUGUUUCAUCGUGGGCAUAGUAAAUGUCGAUGUUUCUUUUGGAAAAUUUCAUUGAAAAUAAAUUUUAGACACCAGCUGAAAAUCGUGUAACUUUUGGAUUUCGCCAGUGAUAAAUCUAUGUUAUCAGCGUUAUACAGCCCUGUAAAGGCCCGGUGUAAAUAACUUGUUAUGCGAUUCUACCUAACGGACGUCAUUAGUUGAACAAUUGAACCGAUGAAUUGCUGCAACUAAAAAUGGAAUAUGGGAUAUCAAUAGGACGAUUAUUUGCGCACAGUUCUACACUGCAUGAGAAGACUUCCGAAUUCAAUGCAAUAUCAAAUAUACUUCAUGGAUUUGACAGAUCAGCCUCUAGUUUAAUCGGAGGACAAUUGAUACCUCCUACAACACGAGGAGAACAUGUGAACAGCUCUUAUAAAACCUAUUAAUGAUUGGUGCAGAAUGAGGUGAUCAUUUUGCUAAUUUUCACAAGUGUUGGAAAGGAUUGCUUCUCGUAUAUAUGCUGUUCAAUUUUGACUCGUCAUCUUCAUAUCUUGGAAGUUGCUGGCCCGGACUGCUCGGCUAUGGAAAGCCACUUUUACAUUGCGAGGAAAUUCAGAUAUAUAUAAUUCCCGAGGCGAAUGGUGAAUGCUUCUUGAAUUGUCACGCUAAUUAGAUCGGAGCAAAUAGGAGCCUUCAUAGCUUGAAGUCUCUUGUGAACUAUUUCUUUGUGUAUUUUUCUUCGAAUCUUAGAACAGGCAAGAUUACUAUUUCUUUUCGUUUAAUCACGUCAAAUAAUCCAUCUUGAUGACCAUUCCACGGGCAGAAUUUUAAGAAUUAAGAGGGCUUGUAUGAAAUUACCAUUAUUUGCUACUUCAUAUCUUAACCACGCAACCAAUCGUGAUAUAACACGACUAUCACCGUGGUCAUUGUAAUGUAAUCACAAAAGUGGAAUGUUUCUCGAUUUUUCAUGUUAUCGCUGUUUUACGCUUUGAGCAGUUUGAUAUGAUUACGUCCUACAUAGCUAUUGAAUUCAGAAAUUAUCGGUAUAAAUGAUGCAACUUCUACCACCCAUCAUUAUAUUGUGAGGUAGUAGCGGCUAUCGUUAAAGAAUAAUUCUGGCUGUAAAAUUUUCAGCACAGUGUCAUACAUUUGGAAAGACUUGUAGUUGAUUAAGUUUACCGAGGGCUAUUUAUUUAAGUCUUUUUAGUUGUGCCUCAAUAGCAUCAAGUUUUUAUCAUGUUAAUCGAUGUUAAAAACUGCGAUGAAAUGUUUCUAAAUACUUCUCCUCAUCAUUAACUAAUAUUUUGUAAGAAAGCUGGAUUGUUAGUUGAAUUUUAACACAAGCUUAACUUUUCAACAAAAAAAAAAGACACGACAGAGUCAUAUAUCUUCUGGUUUGUAUGCACAUUUGGAGCCCACGGCAUGACGUCACUCAAUGGUUCUCUCGCGAUCGAUUUAUCGGCCAGCUAUCGGAUAUUAGCGAUUACUGCUUGUUUUCUUGGUAUCGUCCUCUCCGCCUGCUUCAAUAUCUUUAUCUUAAUCGUCUUACCACGAACGCCGAAUAAAUUCGGAGAAAAUACUCGUCUGUGUUUGCUCUCUUUAGCGGUGAUCGAUAUUCUUGGAGGAGUUAUGUGUUUUGGUACUCGCAUCAUCUUUGAAUUCGACCGCCCCCUUGUUUUGAAUCAUCGUGUAGCAUGCUCCGUCGUCGCCGCGUCAUGUACGACAUUCGUAUCGCAAUCGAACGUUCUUCUUGCGGUCAUCAGCAUUGAUCGCUAUAUCGCUAUCACGAAACCCAUGCGAUACUGGUCUAUGAUAUCGAGGACGCGUAUUAAAAGAUUGAUUGCGAUGGCGAUUGGAUAUGGUUUGGUGCUGUCGAUUGCAAGGUCAUUUCACGAGGUUUUCACCGAUAGUUGUGAUUUUGAUCCGGGAGGAUCGCUUUACGUUGGAAACCCCUCCAUGUUGUUUUACAUAGCGAACGUUUUCCUUUUAGGUAGUGUUACAGGCUAUCUCAACAUCAAAGUCUUAAUAACAGCCUACAAGCAACACAGGCGUAUUUCAAACUUACCUUUAGCCUGCGAAAAGCGGAAGGACUCAGCACCAAAAAUUGGCGGGAAACUUAAGUCGGCUAUUACCAACACUGUAAUGUUUGGAGCCUACUAUGUCGUAUGGACUCCUUACGUUGUUGUUGUAGCCAUUGUGACGUAUUAUGACGAACCAGUACCGGAGUCGGUCCAUUUUGCUGUACUCUAUGUAGCAUUUAGCAAUCAUUUUUUGAAUGCAAUGACACGUUUCUGCCUUCAAAGAAAUCUACGUUUGACCAUGAAAAAGUUGCUGGGCAGAGACAAAAAUUCGUCAGUGAUCGACUAAUGUUUUGUGAUUUGUUGAUUUGCAAACAAUUAUAUACUAUUUCCAGGCUUUCUUGCCAUAAUUGUUUCUGUUGGUCAAUAUGCAUGAUAUGUGUACGUUUAAUGUUAAGUGUAAAUUUGCAUUUCACCCUCUACAUGCUUUAUGGCGAUAAUGCUGACGAGGACGAUACGUUUAGGUCUAUUGUUAAAGAUGAUGGUCCUGAUGGUGUCGAAAAGUAGAAUUAUAUAGUAGUUUUAGUAGCAGCAGUG